CUGAGUUGAACUGAGAACGACCAAGUCUGUAAUUCAGGUAGCUCUAGCCUCUAGCCUUGCAUUUCCAACUGCGAAUACCUAUCCAACCUAAUUACACCACCAUUUAUUUUCAUACAAAUAAUAAACAAUAAGGAGAAAAAAACAAAAAAAAGAUCUGAACUACACAUACCGACAUAAUGUUCAGAAACAACUACGAUAACGAUUCCGUCACAUUCUCCCCCCAAGGGAGAAUAUUCCAGGUUGAAUAUGCCGCCGAGGCCGUAAAGCAAGGUUCGGUAGUGGUGGGUUUGGUCAGCAAGACGCACGCAGUUCUAGUCGCCAUCAAGCGAAAUGCAGAAGAGCUCUCCUCGUACCAGAAGAAACUAUUCGCCGUAGAUGAGCAUGUUGGCCUCGCCAUCGCCGGCUUGACCUCCGACGCCCGCGUCCUCUCCAACUUCAUGAAGCAGCAGUGCCUGUCGCAGCGGCUGACCUACGACCGCGCGAUGCCCCUCGGGACCCUCGUCUCGCUCAUCGGCGACAAGGCGCAGUUCAACACCCAGCACUACGGCAGGCGGCCGUACGGCGUGGGCCUGCUGGUCGCGGGCGUCGACGAGGCCGGCCCGCACCUGUUCGAGUUCCAGCCCAGCGGCAUGACCCAGGAGAUGCUGGCGUGCGCCAUCGGCGCCCGCUCCCAGAUGGCGCGCACCUACCUCGAGAAGAACCUCGACAAGUUCGCCGACUGCGGCCGCGAAGAGCUCAUCAUGCACGGCCUGCGUGCCCUCAAGGAGACGCUAGUCCAGGAGCGCCAUCUGACCGUUGAGAACACGAGCGUGGGCGUGGUGGGGCUCAAGGAGCCCGGCAAGAAGGGCCUCGAGUUCUUCAAGGUGCACGACGGCGCCGAGGUCAAGGACUGGAUCAGCGACCUCGCCACCGACAUCGAGACAGCCGAGGAACCGGCUGAGGCGGGAGAGAGUAUGCAGGUAGAUCCGUAGAUGAUGUGAAGGAAAAAAGGGAAAGGGGAACAAAUAUCAUGCUACGGUACGGUAAAGUAAAGAGAAAAGAGAGAAAAAAAGAACAACUACUACUACUACUUCACAAAUAAUUGCAUUUCGCUCGGGUAUAUGGACACUCGGGAGGUGCUAUUGUUGCAGCAUCAUAUGAAUGUAUAUCAAUAGACGACAACAAAUCACGAAGCAAGCAAGCCAAGGAAGAAAAGAAAGAAAAGCUUUUGGCACCUUUUUUUAA